CAGUAGCCGCCGGGAUGACGGAGCGGGCCCCUUUCGACACGGAUGUGCUGACCCUGACCCGCUUCAUGAUGGAGGAGGGUCGGAAGGCCAAGGGGACGGGCAAGCUCACCCAGCUCCUCAACUCCCUGUGCGCUGCCGUCAAGGCCAUCUCCUCCGCCGUCCAGAAGGCCGGCAUCGCCCACCUUACCACCCAACCAACCAACAGUACGGGCGACCAGGUGAAGAAGUUGGACGUCCUCUCCAGCGACCUGGUGCUCAAUAUGCUCAAGUCGUCCUUCGCCACCUGCGUCCUCGUGUCCGAGGAGGACAAGCACGCCAUCAUCGUCGAGCCGGACAAGAGGAGCAAGUAUGUGGUCUGCUUCAAUCCGCUGGACGGGUCUUCCAACAUCGACUGCCUGGUUUCCAUCGGCACCAUAUUCGCCGUCUACCGUCGGGCGUCGUCCGGAGAGCCCUCGGAGAAGGACGCCCUGCAGCCCGGCCGCAACCUCGUGGCGGCCGGCUACACGCUCUACGGCAGUGCCACCAUGAUGGUCUUGGCCAUGGACUGUGGCGUCAACUGCUUCAUGCUCGACCGGUGAGGAGGACGCACGAUCUUGGUCGACAAAGAUGUGAAAAUCAAGAAGAAAGGGAAUAUCUACAGCCUCAACGAGGGCUACGCCACCUACUUCGACACGGCCGUCACGGAGUACCUCCAGAAGAAGAAGUUCCCCUCGGACGGAAGCGCUCCCUACGGGGCCCGCUACGUGGGCUCCAUGGUGGCCGACGUCCAUCGCACUCUGGUCUACGGCGGCAUCUUCCUCUACCCGGCCAAUGCCAAGAGCCCCAAGGGCAAGCUGCGGCUCCUGUACGAAUGCAACCCCAUGGCCUAUGUCAUGGAGAAGGCCGGCGGGCUGGCCACCACGGGCGACCAGGAUGUGCUGGACGUCGUCCCCACCGACAUCCAUCAGAGAGCCCCCAUCGCCAUGGGCUCCCCGGAAGACGUGCGGGAGUACCUGGACAUCUUCCGGAAGCACCGGGGCAACCGACCGGACGCCCCUGUCCCCAUCGAGGGCUGAGAUUUCACGGGAAACAAUAAA